AUGUCAAAUUUUAAAAGAAGUAAGGCUGUUGAUAGCGCUCCUUGCUGGCUACGAUACGUGCUUUCGUAUUCCUAUAUUACCUCUGGCAGGGGUUAUUUUUACUCUGCUUCUAUCCCAUUUCCCAUCUAGACCAAGCUGAUGAUUGCCAACAGCCAUGAAACAGCUUCACAUGCUUAAUUGACCAGAAUCGGUAGCGGUAUUAGUGAACUGAGAUACAUUUGCAGCACCAACCGACAGUUGCUCUACAUUUCCCAGCCGCUAAUUUCGCUGAUCCUAAAUAGAUCAAUAUUGAGGAAAAAACGAACACCCAGAUUCAAGGAUUACUAA